CUCUCUCUCUCUCUCUCUCUCUCUCGCGCGCGCGCGCUAGGUGACUUCAGUGAAUGCGAGUGAGACACUAGCUACUAUAUUAGUAUAUUAUUAUAGAAGGCAUGGAGGAAGAGCAAGUCGAGCGAGUCGACUCGGUCACCGAGCCGGACCUGGCAUCGAUGAGCUCAGGCUUCUCUUCUAUACUCAACACGGAAGACUCCAGGAGCACAAGUAGCUCGGGCGACAUCUCCAUCAUGAGCAACAGCUCCGGUGACAUUCCAGCGAUUCUGGUGCCGGAGAUUUCCGCGACGAUGCAGGCGGAACCGAUGCUGUCUUUGGAGGGUUCUACGAUGGCGGUGACAGUGAGGCAAAAGUGCGUGGGGAAGAACAACAAGGGAGUGAGCUAUGGGUUCACUACGGAGAUCGGGAGGCGGAGGGAGAUGGAGGAUGCCAUGGCCAUCAUACCAGGGUUCAUGUCACGCACUUGCGAUCAAGUCGGUGGUUGUACGGCCCCGGGCUCUAAAACCUCCUGCGAGAUCUCGCCCGUCCAUUUCUUCGGCGUAUACGACGGCCAUGGUGGCUCUCAGGUGGCUAAGUUUUGUGCAGAAAGAAUGCAUGAAAUGAUAGCAGAAGAGUGGGAUCGGGAAACAGUUGACGGCUAUGAAUGGCAGAGGAGGUGGGAGUCAGCAUUCACUAGUGGGUUUGAGAGGACUGACAAUGAGGUCUCAGAGGCAGCUGCACCAGAAAUGGUUGGAUCAACUGCAGUUGUGGUUGUUCUAUCCGGAUGCCAGAUUAUGGCAUCCAACUGUGGCGACUCAAGGGCAAUUCUCUGUCGAGGGACUCAAACAAUCCCCUUAACUGUCGAUCAGAAGCCUGAUAGACCAGACGAACUCAUGAGAAUUGAAGGAGAGGAUGGGAAAGUCAUAAACUGGAAUGGUGCUAGGGUGUUUGGAGUCCUUGCUAUGUCCAGAGCUAUAGGUGAUCGGUAUUUAAGGCCGUGGAUAAUUCCAGUGCCUGAGACCACUUUCAUGGCUAGGACAGAUGAGGAUGAGUGUUUGAUUUUGGCUAGUGACGGGCUUUGGGAUGUCAUGACCAAUGAGGAGGUUGGAGAGGUGGCUCGCCGUCUUCUAAGAAGGCGGCGCAGAUCCACGACAACUGAUGAGGUUUCUCCAGCACAAUUUGUUGCUAAUAAUCUCACUGAGAUAGCGUAUGGAAGAAACAGUUCUGACAACAUUUCCAUCAUCGUUGUUGACCUGAAAUCAAAGAGAAAGCGCCAGCAACGGCAAUGAAAAAGGGGAGUGGUGAAUGAAUGUAAAUGAAUUACUCUUUCAUACGCUUUUGAAGUUGUGAGAUAAGGGAGGCAGGAAUGAUCUGGUGAAAUUGCGCUUGUUCUAAACAUGGACAUGCCCCUUUUGGACACAAUUUGGUAUCAUCCCCUGUACAGUGCUGACCGGCAAAACUCUGCUGCUCCGUGACCACCAUCGUUGGUUUGUUACGGCGAAGAAGACUGGAUCAAUCCUCCGUUUUAAUUGGGCUUGGUCAAGGAAAAAAUUAAGAAAAAAGGACAUAGUGUUCCUCACUGUUCACGUGAACGAACAGAAGAAAGAGGGUAAGAAAUUGGCAUGUAUGAAACAAACAUCUUUCUUUCUAAAGCUAUUUGCUUUACUUC